GUUUGUGAUAAAAUAUAAGUAAGUAUUCCUAAAUGAAACCUUGAAUAUAAUAUUCAAGACAAAAGAACAAAAAAAGUAUAACUUGAUUAAUAUCUAAAUUCAAAAAUGGAAAGCAAUGACAUGCUCCUAUCUCUCUCUCUCUCUGUUUUAUUACUCAAAUAUGCAAAUGGAGGAAAAUCAAGUAAAUUGGGACACUAUUUGACAGAAAAAAGAGGUCAUCAGAAUUAUUUUAAAGAUACCUGUAUGAAAAAAGCUUGUGUUGAAAUAUUAAUAUAGACUUAUAAACAUUGCUUCCUGUACUACUGUAAUAAACAAACAAGGGUUUUACAUGAUUAAUGACAGCUGCUCAUGUUUAAUCCUUUUUUAUGUAAUUUUUUUUUCUUUUUGUCUAAAUAAACUGUGGAGAUUAAGGGUGUGUCAGUGGUUUAACCUGUACUGAACUAUCUGUACUUCAUUGUGUGCUACCCAGCUAACAAUUUUUGGUUUACCAGAACGUCCCCCUAACGUUCAGGAGUGUUAACGUUCUGGGAACCAAGAACUAACGUUAGGGGAACGUUACCUUAACGUUAAAGAAACCAAAAACAAACUUUAAAAACGAGAGGGGAACGUUCCCGGAACGUUAGCCUAAAAUAUCUUUCUCGUCCGUUGUGCCUCACUAGUACACAGUAAUGAAUACAUCCAUGCUGUGUUUUUAUCCAUCGCUUGUCUAACGUUAAUCUAAUUGAAAUAAGUAAAAUAUAUGGAGGAUGAACUCAAUAAGAUCAUUCUUUUAACUAAUAAUUUCUUUUUCAUUACUGAAGUAGCCUGAUUUUCGAUUCAAACAGCACAGUAACGUUAUAUCAUUUCAAAUAAAACCACAAUGUGUGUAGGCCUACCUCAACAUCAGACAUUUUAGAGAUUGAUAUAAAAUAACCAAUGACUUCACCAUAAUAUUUAAAGCAGAUUUUUAUUGACAGAAGAAUAAAGAUUUAAUUUUCUUCAGGCUAACAAUAUUCUUGUCUCACCACAGAAGUACAGCGCGGCUCCGAUUUUAGAUAUAGGCCUAACAAUCAAAAGCACUGAGUUUCAGUCUUUACAUCAUCGUCUGUUGAUUUAGAUGUGUCAAACCAAUCGAAAAAUCACGAAAAUAUAAGUUUACUCUCAAAUCUGUGCGUUUAAAAAAACACUAAACUAAUGUUUAAUUGGGUGAGGUAAAACAAAAUGACCGUAAAUGUUUUAAAUGAUGGGAGUGGAGGAUGCACGUGCUCGAGCGCACACAGAUACAGUAACAGACAAACACACUAAAGAAAUACACACAGAUAUAUAUGAUUGUAUUUUCAUUUAGCUUAACUAGUUUUUUAUUUUCAGCCAUUAAAGGGCACAUUUAUUAAUUUAAUUUGGACUGUAUAACAUCUGUUAUCUUAUAAUUUCUGUAUUGCAAAUGUCACUGACAUUUACCAGUUUUAACUAUUUUUACCAUUAAAAAAACAAAAUAACCACCAGGGAACGUAAUUUUCUGGUUAUCUUAUGGUUGCAAAAUAAUAACCAAAAAAUGAACCAUCAGGGAACGUUACUUUCUGGUUAUUUAAAAAAAGAGCCUGCAACGUUAUUUUCUGGUUGUAAACCCCCCUGAAAAUAACAUUCUUAGAUUGUUAUUUUUUGGUUCCCAAAAUAAUAACCAAAAGGAAACCAAAAACUAACGUUAGGGGAACGUUCUGUGUUUGCGUGGAUGAGGUAUCGAGUUCCCCCUCGUACACGGACCCCCGAUUGAUUCUAUUGGCUGAAAGAACGUGUAUUUGGGUACUCUUUUAGCGCCUGAUUGUAAUUCUUGCGAAAUUACAUUACGAUACACGUCACUAAAACUUUGCUAAUAUUACCAUUAACUAGUAUGUAUAUGAGGCUAUAGGUAGUGAAAUCAAACAAAUCUCGUUCUUACUGUUUUAGUUAGCUUACGUAUCAACUAGCAUAGCAUAGAACUACGUGGUUAGCAAGCUAGCCCUUGACCUGAUGACAGGUGUCAGAAAUGUGUCCGAGUUAUGGGUACCUUGGUCUGAUGUCGUGCUGACGCGUGCCAAGAAACUCGCGACUGCGAGGCAGUAAGGCCUCGAUCCACUAUCGAGCGCAGUUGCUUCCCCCCUACUGCUUUGAUGAAAAGCACGAUGGGAAGAAACGACUUGCUUAGGACAGAGCUAACAUGCUCAUGGGCUGAUAUCUUUUUUUAUCAAGUUUUCCAUUAAUAAGUCCAUUAACUGAUGUGGUUUUUGUGUGGAAAAAACCCAUCUAUGUGAAAUAUAUUGUCCUCAUAACCACCUUCAAGUAAAAACAGAGUCAAUUUAGUUGCAUCGAUUUCAUCUGCGAUAAAAAAACUGCCUUUUCAUUUUUUUAUUGAAGUUAAACAAAAACAUUACAAAACUAAAUGGUAUACAGUCUUCAUUCAAAAGCAUUCAUUUUAAGAGGGGAUGAGACAAGAAUAAUAAUAAAAGUAAGACAACAAACUAAAAAACAAAGAAGACAACGAAGAAACUUUCAAUCCAUCCAUAUGAAUAAAUUCAAAACAAGAAAUAUAAUUUAUGUUAUCGAAAAAUAAUAUAUUGUCUAAAAGUCUAUUCGUCUAAUUUUGUCUAAUAAAAUUCCAGCUUUUUAUUAUUUGCUUUUGAAAGCAUUUUUUAUAUUGUCCCAACUAAAUCUUAAAAAAUAUAAGCAGGGUUGUUAACAAUACUAAAGUAUUAAUAUUAAUUUAAAAAAGUUUGACCUCCUUAUCACAGUUUCCAUGUAUUUUUUUAUGAACGACAUGUUAAAUUCUAACACAUCUUACUCAUUAAACCACAAUUAUUGCACUUUGUCCAGGAAUGACAUAAAAAUAAGGUCAGAAAGAAAAUAUGCUAUGUGUUUUCUGGAAAUGCUCUUUUUAAAUACUCGAUUCUGAUUGGCUGGAAGGUUUGCAUGAAUCCCUUUAAGCUCCAUUAAUUAAGUUUUAUUACAUUUGAAAUUUAUCUGACAAAGUCAUUGUACUUUUCAUCUGUUUGAUCUAAAAUGUCACUGUAAACAUCAAUAAAAGCCAUGGUAUAAGCGGGAUAAUCCACAGCUAGCCUUGCGUGGCUAAACCUUAGUUGUUGCACAACAAGAGGUCAACGUAAUGUGAUGAUAUUACCACUGAUUCUCGUCGUGAUGCAAUAUUACAUUACUUUAAUGAACAUUAUAAAUAAAGAAAUCAAUUAAAUAAAUUAUAGAAUAAUAAAUGAAUAUAUUGUAUGUUGUCAUACAUCUGUGUUAGAUUAGGCUAUAUCGAGUUGAUGUACUGUAAAUGUUUAAACUAAUGUCAAUAAACUCCCUCGCGUUCCGGUUCCCCCGGUCUGCUCAUGACCAGAGGCAUCAUGCGGUCAAUCGAAACUAAGCAAAUCCUUCUAGUGGAAAUUUGUUUGAUACAAAUAAAAGCAGUUGCAAUUCAAUUUCAUCGAUAAAAAGUGCUUUUAAUUAUUUUUAUUAAAGUAUAACAAAAACGUUACAAAAAAAAGAUGGUUUACGGUUUAUAUUCAAAACCAUAAAUUUUAAGAGGGGCUAAGACAAGAAAAAUAAAAGAUAAUACAACAAACCAUACAACAAAGUUUUACAUUUCACAAUUUUCAAUCCAUCCAUAUUAAUACAUUUAAAUCAAGAAAUAUAAUUGUUAUUAACGAAUAAGUCUUACAAAAUUCCAGCUUUUUAUUGUUUGCUUUUGACAGAACUUUUGAAUAUUGUCCCAGAUCAUUCUUAAUAUAAACAGGGUGAUUUUUAAAAAAUACAUUUGGGAAUACAGUUCUUAGCUAACAAAGUAAGUUAUUAAUAUUUAUUUUUCAAAAGUUUGACCUCCUUUUCACAAUUUCCAUAUUUAUUUUAAACGCCAUGUUUAAUUCUAACACAUUUUACUAAUUUAACAACAAUUAUAGCACUUUGUCCAGGAAUUAAGUAAGGGAUUAACGUGGAGGGUGGUUUAAAUCCUUUAACGCAAUUAGCUGCUCCGGACAGGGUUAAUUUCCCAGCAUAAAUUGCCAUAGUAGCGGAGUUACAACCAACAGAGAACAUGACACCAACCAUUACUGACCAAGGGAACACUUCUAUUUAGUUGUCUUGGUUAUUUAGCGUCUUUUUGUUGAAUGAGAGGUGCAUCUUAAGUACACAAAAUAAAAAACCAAGUUUGUGCAACACACUUGCUAAUCAAACUAACUGUAUUCACUUACCUUUCUCCUAUUAUUGACCACAUUCUUCAUUUUGUGUGUUUUGCUGCAGGGAGGGUUUCACCUUAAACGUCACUGAUUCAUAAUAGGCUAUCUAUUAAUUUUCCACACAAUUACAGUCAGACUUCCGGGGACGCAGUUGAGCAGAUAAUUCCGUGUUUUUAUUCUUAAAGUCAUAAACUCUUCAUGAUAGGGCCUACAGUUAGUUCUGCAAAACCUUGCGUUUUAAUCUGAUUUCAGCUGAUAUAGAGUUUAUUUCUAAUGAUAAUCAUCAAAUUUGAGAACAAACUCAGUUGACUCGAGUCUCAUGACAUCAAAUUUGAUGACUUGUGCCUCGACAAAAUCAGAGAAGAGUGGUGACUUGACGUACAGCAAUGCGUAAACGAUGCUGAUAACCUGGCAUCAAGUGAUCAGUAUCUACUUUAAAAACGCAAAAGAGAUGUACUUUUGUUUCAACAUAGUGUGGUAGUCGCGGGUCCUUUGUAAGCAUGAGGUGGUCAGCUUUAUUUAAAUGGAGAAACGUCAGGCAAACGUAACAUCAGUUUUAUGAAACAUGCAGUUUAGAAGCUAAUAAAAAGAUUUUUGUAUAUACAGAAAUAAAAGCUAACCAAGUAUGAUUGUAGAAUGAAGGGUUUAAAUUUAAAAAUUGUGUAGCCUAUACCACACACAUAAAUCAGGUGUAGAUUAAACGGCAUUUGAAGAUGGGGUAUGUUUGUAUUUAUAUUGAUUUACAAUAUUUGUUUAAAUUUCGGAGGACGGGAGAGCAAACUGUUGCAAGAGUUAGACGGACUGAAGGACACAGAGUUAAAGAAAUGUAAGAGAAAAGAGUGACUCAUUUCUUACAACUAAAGCACUGCCUAGUCAGUAGUAUGCCGGAAAAUAUCUUAAUACUUUCUAUACUCUUACAAAAAGGUUGUUCAAAUAUGGAAGAUUCACAGCCAGUGCAUUAUUAAACAUUAUAAUUAAUCUCGGUUUUAUUACUCAAAUAUGCAAAUGGCGGCACUUUUUGACAGAAUGGAGGUCCUCAGAAAUAUUUUUAAGAUACGUAUUUGAAAACAGCUUUUGUUUAAAUAUUAAAAUUGACUUAUAAACAAUCCUGACUGAACUACUGUGAAAAACAAGUAAGGGUAUAUGAACAACGACAUCGGCUUAUGUUUAAUCCUUUCCAACGUACAUUUCAAGCUUCUUUUCUGUCUGAAUAAACUAUUAUUGAGUUUAAGGGCGUGUCAGUGGUUUAACCUGACUUUGAACUAUACGUUCUUCAUUGUGUGCUUCGAGUAAGGGCGUGUUUACCAUUUCGUUACCCUAAGCAAAGUCAAGACCUGAGGCUUAUGAAGGACCAGGAGAGUCAUGUGUAAAGUAAUAAAGCAUUUAAUUGUUUAAUAACUAAUUCUUCAAUAAAAAUAGGCAUUAAUUUUAUUAUUAAAUUAUUUUUAAUUUCAUUUUUUAAUUCAAAUAUAAAUAGGCGAAUUGACAAAGUAAUUUGCUAUAUAUUGUUUUAAUGGGCAAUAAAAAGCGUGAUUGUAAAAAUAAUUAAUAAAUGAAAUAUUAAUCCAUCAAUAAAUACUUCAAUUUAAAAAGGGACUUGAAUUCCUUUAUAAAUAGUGGAAUUUCAAAAUCUAUUUCAAAAUGCGAUUUAAAAAGAGGAAUAAAUAAUUGGAUUUACCCAGCAGGCACCGGACGUCAAUGUAACGUCAGAAUGAUGUUGGACUCCGACGUUGCAUAUUAGUUGAAAAUGUAAAUCGGGUUGAUGUCAAAACCCAACGUCAAACUGACGUCAAUCUCCAACGCUGAUCAAAUGUUAAAUUUUGGUUGUAAAUAAAAGUCGUGUUGACGUCAGAACCCAAAGUCAAUCCGAUGUCAAUCUUCAACAUUGUCAAUUCGGUUGACAUCAGAAUCCCAUUUUGGACCAGUUGCAUUGCAGUUGGUUGAUCUCAAAACUGGAAACACUGUCUUUAAAUCAAGCUCGACCUCUGAAAAGAUUUUUGUCCCAAAUCAAAAUCGUUACCUGUCAAAAACCAAGGAUAGCGGUCAAAUUUUGUUGGCAUGACAUAAAACUUUUAACAGAUGCUGGUUUUUGUUGUAAAAAAAAAUUAACAUACCGAGAAAGCAUGUUGAGAAAAUGAUAUAAUCUGACAAAUUAUUAAUUUCAGAACAUUAGCAAAGAUAAAAGUUGAAACUUAAAGUGAAACUUGAAUCCACACAUUUUGGGUGGUUUUAUCAGAAAAAAGAAAAAAAAGAGAUGAACUGGAUUGUGAAAAAAAUCUUUACAUUUUUUAAAACAAGUUUUACAAAUAUUUCACAUGUUUAGAAAAAUAGUUUGGAUCAAUUUUUUUAAAAUAAGAUUAGAUAAUUAACCAUCUACAAUCUGAACAGAAUGUAAAAUAAAUAUUUAAUAACUAAAACUGAAUAGUUGCCACCUCCACCAACUCUGUCUGGUACAUAUUUUAAACAAAAGGCGAUGGUCGCUCCAAUGUUUGCCUCCGUCUCCUUCAAUGUUUUCUGGACACUCUCUGUAAGAAAUAUGAGAAUUCCACAGAAUAUUUUAGACCACUUCAAUUCUGACUACUACCAGUAUAGUAAGAGACUUUCAACCAGUUUCUUGAAAUAAAAAUCUUCUCUAGCUUUAAUAGCCGUGAACAUUAAACAUUCCUGCAGGUAAUUGCUGCAACUAGAUACUGUUUCAGCUUUUGAUGCAUUUCAGAAGUGCUGAGCAGACAAUGACAUGAAAAAAACAUGAAUGCAAAUGUCUUAAGGUAAAUUAACAUAUAUAGGACAUGUCAGUAUGAAUGCUAAAACAAUUGUUAGAGUUCUGAACAAUUAAAGAUCUCAAAUGGAAUAAAGUUAUGCUGGCGACAGGAAUGACCUGCCAAUCAACAAGUGUAUAUAGGAAUGUUUGUUUUAUUUCUGUGUGACAACUGCAUAACUCUGAAAAAAAGUUUUGACAACACCAGAGGGAUACCACAGUUUCUGAAAUGUAAUGUGACAUUUUUUGAAGGUAGCAGAUAGAUUGAUCACAGCUUGACUACAACACGUAAUAAGUGGUUUUCACUGAAAUACCAGAAUUUAAACUAAACAACCCUCAAUGUCACAGUGAUGCAGAACUAAUAUUUUCAUUCUUUAUUUUUACCUGUGAUAACAGCAUACGGGUGGAGCUUAGUGAAGGCAAGUUUCCCUUCAUAUGAAAACUCCCCAUGACCUCAUUUGUCAUCAACCUGUGAAUACAAGAGGAAUAAUUAAUUAUACAUGACACAUUGAGCCAGUUGAGUUUGUUUAAACUUCAUCACUUUAAUUAGGGUUGGGAACUUAGAACAUGCCAGUUCUUAUCUAGAACAGGAUCUGUUUUAUUUUAAAGAACCGGAACUGUGAGAGAUUAGGUUCCUGAAAGUGGUUCUAAUGCGACGUAUGGCCAAGUGCUGUGAACAACUUUGGGCAGCCAUUUUCCAUGAGGCGUGUCACAAAUCAAACAGAAACGCCACACCACCUCUAAUAACUGAACAGACACAUUGUCUCAUUGGUCCUGUGGGUGCUAGAUUAAUGGUCAUAGACUAACCCAAAUUGGCAGGUUAUAAUCUUAUUGCAGCACAACUGAUACUGCGCCAUUUCAAAUUGUAAAACCAGUACCAUUUUAACAACUUGGCCCAGUAUUGAUACUGAAAGUCAGUAAGUGUCAUGAUUCCGCUAUCAUGUCAUGUUUAUUCUUGUUCGUGCAGCUGAGUCAUGGCUAAACCUAGGGUUUUGUGUGAGAAGGACAUGGCGUGGCUUAAUUAUUGGCUGUCAUGCGCCUUUUCAUGUCUCGUCUAUGGCCCCGCCCCUCUCGUCUCCUCGUUAGCUUCCCUUGAGUGUUUUAUUACCCACACCUGCCUAUUGUUAAUAAUCCUUUUGUUCGUCUCCCUAUUUAAUGCCCUUGUAUUCUCUGUGCUGGGCUCGUGUGUCUUUUAAACUUUGAUGUCCGUUUGCUCGUCUGAUUCUGCUGAUUUAUCCAUAUGCUGUGUCCCAGCGUUUCUGCUCCAGCACUCUGAACCUGAGAGUUUUUGUUACAGUUUGGCUGUCUCUGUUAUCUUAGUUAUUUUUCCCCAUUGUGGGUUUUUGUUUUAGUGUUUUAUUAGCUGUCCACUGCACCCUACUUGUAAGUCGCUUUGGAUAAAACCGACUGCCAAAUAAAUAAAUGUGUAAAUGUGUUUUGGGAUAUUUCACAGUAUGAAUUCAGCGCUAUUACUAGUCUUUAAUAACUACAUAAGAAGUUGGAAACAUCAGCACAUUCUUCCUACAGAGUCUUCCUGUAUGUAAGCAAUAUAAAUCAUGUUCUGUAUCAAAAUUAUUUUUGAAUCAGCUUUACGUGUUACAAAUUUGAUAAAAAAAAAAAUGCAGAUUAACAAAGUAGGGAAAAUUAAAUGUGAAAAGUUGUGUGAAACUGUUAUGGGUACUAUGUUACCUGAUAAGGAGAAAGUCAAGGGGGGUAGAUUAAAUGCAUGAAAAAACUAAUGAAAUUUGAAUGGAUUUUAAUGGUUAAUAAGGAUGGAUCAUUUAAUAGCCUUUAUCUAAUCAGAUGGCCUUACAUUGUGUCAUCUCACAAGGUUUCUUUUUCACUCGCAGCAUGCGGAAAAAAAUCCUUACAACUAGGAACGAGAUAUUUUAUUUAACGCUGAAGAUGCGCUUCGUUGUUUAUGUCAAAUGAUUUUACCACUUGUAGCCACUAGGGGGGCCCCCAAGCUUGCGGGGCUCUACGCAUUUGCAAUAAAAAAAAAACCAUGCAACGAAAAUAAAUAUACGCGAAAUAGGCCUAUUUGACAAUUACCAGAUUAACAAAAGAGAAAAUGCUGACAAGAUCCCAGCCAAGGGCGUAGCAAGCUUUUCAAAAGUGCGGGGGAUGGAUGUGGUUUGUUUGUUAACAAUGAAAACGAUGAAUGGCAAUGACAGAAUGGUACAAAUGGUAUAACAAAAGAUAUAAAAAGCUUCCGUUUUAAAUGAGUAAUACUAGAAAAGUAUAAAAACACACAGCAAAUAUGUCAAAACUACACUGAAAAUACACAACAGUAGACUUGCUAAUGAAUCCGAAUCCGAAAUACUUUAAUAAUCACAGGGGGAAAAGACCGUGGUAAACUUGAUAAAAAAAACCCAUAAAUAUACUGCUUAACAAGGACAAUUUGUCCCUCCCCCUCGUCAAUUCCCUGCUUUCUUCACCACAGUUACUUCAUACAUUGCAUGCCAAAUAAAUAACCGAAUUUAGCUAGCUUCUGUACAAUAUCCAAAUUUGCAUAAUGCAUUAGUCUAAAAAACAAUAUAAUUCAGAAAACACUCGACAUAUCAAGAAAACAUGAACAGAACUUUUUCCCAAGCACAUAAAGGUUAUUUAAAAACCUCGAAAGCAUAAACACUCAUUCAAAGUAACUGGAAAAGGGAGACGUAAAUAACCAUAAAUUCCCAUCUCCUCAGCACGAGCUGACCUAUACAUCUAAAACACCAAGAGAGGCGGGACUUAAAGCAGAACAGCCAAUCAUCAUCCGGUCACACUCAAAGCCUGAGUGUCCUGUUUGAGAGGGAGGGGGAGGAGUCAGCCGCAUCGAGCGCAGACACAGAGCGUCCGGAGAGCGACUGCUUUGGAAGGGCAGGUUGUGACGAUGCGUGUGUUGGUGACGGGUGGUAGCGGGCUGGUCGGCCGAGCGAUCGAGCGGGUGCUAAAGGAGGAGGGUGAAGCAAGAGAAGGAGAGGAGUGGAUAUUCCUGUCAUCCAAAGAUGCCAAUCUCAUAAACGCUGAAGAGACGACAGCAAUCUUUCAGAAGCAUCGUCCGACACACGUCAUUCAUUUGGCCGCUAUGGUGGGUGGAGUCUACAAACACAUAAGACAGAAACUGGACUUCUGGAGAAAUAACAUUCGGAUCAAUGACAACGUGCUGCAUGCAUCUCAUGAGGUCGGGGUGGUGAAGGUGGUGUCCUGUCUGUCCACAUGUAUCUUCCCUGAUAAAACAACUUAUCCCAUCGACGAGACUAUGAUCCACAACGGUCCUCCUCAUGAGUCUAAUUUUGGAUAUGGGUAUGCCAAACGCAUGAUUGAUGUCCACAACAGGGCGUGUUUUCAGCAGUACGGACGCCGGUACACCGCUGGGAUCCCGACCAACAUAUUCGGACCUCACGACAGCUUCAAUAUUGAAGACUGUCACGUGCUUCCUGGACUGAUUCACAAGACAUACCUGGCAAAGAAGGAAGGGAAAGCGCUGGAGGUUUGGGGCUCCGGUCGUCCCCUGCGCCAGUUCAUCUACUCACUGGAUCUGGCUCGUCUGUUUCUCUGGGUUCUGAGGGAAUAUGAUGAGGUGGAACCCAUCAUACUGUCAGUGGGGGAAGAGGACGAGGUGUCCAUCAAAGAUACUGCAGAGGCUGUGGUCGAAGCGUUUGGCUUCCAGAAUGAUGUCAUUUAUGACACCAGUAAAACAGACGGUCAGUUCAAGAAAACCGCCAGUAACGCCAAGCUUCGCAAAUACCUGCCAGACUUCAAAUUUACACCGUUUAAAACAGCCGUCAAGGAGACGUGUGAUUGGUUUGAGGCCAAUUAUGACAUCGCCAGGAAAUGAAGAAAUCAUUGGAUGUCUUGAAACUAUGCUAGACAUGAGUGAUAACACACACAGGCCUUGUGCGUUUUUACAAAAAUGAACAGAAUCUUAUAAGCUCUUCUCAUUAUUAUUUUAUUAAUAAACACUAUAUUUGAUCUGUUUUUACUGUUCAGGGUUUUUUCUCAGGUGAUUAAUAUAUUUUAAUUACAGAAAAAUACAUUUUGGUAAACUCUCCCUUUAAUGUGAUGAAUGUUGUGAUGAAUAUUGUAUGUUUUAAUCAGG